GCUCUCAAAGCAUUUCUCCUGACAAGUUGCCUCGCGCCCGCGUUAGGGGCAGUACCAACACGACAAAGUCGCUCAGAGAAUUGGACGUGUCAGUUCAACGAGGGUCUUGAUACCUCGGAUGUUGCAAACACUAGCUAUGUGCACAUGAUGAAGAACGUUAAACUUCCAGUUUCGGGGACGACAUAUCGCUACGCCAUCAAUCCUCCACUCGAGAAGGAGAAGCCAUACCUCUUGUUCCUUCACGGAUUCCCAGAGACCUCGUACAGUUGGGUUAAUCAGAUCGAAUACUUUACUAGGCGCGGCUACGGCAUCAUAGCACCAGACCUUCUAGGCACCGGUGGUACAGACAAGCCCGUUGAAUUGGAAGCUUAUAGUCUGAAGACAAUGGCAUCUGAAAUUGCUGAACUGCUCGACUGCGAAGGUCUUGACAAGGUAGUCGCAGUUUCGCAUGACCUCGGAUCUUUUCUGCUCUCUCGCUUUUACACGUACCAGUCUCAGUACCUGUCCGCUCUUGCGGUAUUGGAUAUCGGCUACAACGCCCCCGGCACAGACCUCAAUCAAACUUACGUCGAGGCUUACAACAACUAUUCACAAGCGACAUUUAGAUACCCCGUGCUCGGGUACUGGUACUACUUUGAUGAACCAGACGCACACGGCCUCUUGGAUGCACACUUAGAUUCUCUAUACUCUCUCAUGUACUCGUCCGAUACACCAAAAGUAAUGGUGGAGAAUUUCAACACAAUUGGUGCACUUCAAGAAUGGCUAGCAGCGGAUAGAAGAGCAGAAUUCGGCAACGAUUUCAUCACCAACUCGACUCGAGAGCAAUGGAAAACCAUUACUCGCGCACAGGGAGGUCUCGAGGCGGGUCUGAAAUGGUACAAGUCUUACUUGCGUGGUAUCAACUCGGCUGAUGAGGACGAGAUUCGAUCGAUGUCCGGAGUCAUUGAGCAGCCUAGUCUGUUCAUCGGGGCCGAGAAGGAUUCGGUUGGUAUUCCAUCUGAGCAACUACUUUCUACGCUGCCAUUUGCGCCGGGGAUGCAGAUUAGAACUGUCCGCGCUGGCCACUUUCUACAUAUUGAAAAAGCUGAUGAAGUCAACGAGGUACUCUACAACUUCAUCCAGAGCCUCCAAUAGGUUGAUACCAAAGUAGUAAAGUUUCGGUUUUCUUGAUCAUUC